CAGUUGAGUUUUGGAAUUUACGUGUGAUGGACUAUUGUUUAGGAAUGUUAAUCUUCUCAAAUGCUGAAAUCUUUUCAACGCAUUCCUUCUGUGUAAUUACUGUAGCUGCACCCUUGUGAUGCAUAACAAUACUGCGCUUGAUUGAACUGAAUUGGAGAACCAUGUUUUACGCACCGCAUUUGAUUCAACCACAGCCAACCACGCACGCUUUGGUAUGUCUACCCCCCUUUUCGUCGGCUAAAAGUGGCACAAAGACCCGCUGGCUUUAGGACUUUUUACAAGUUUGGUCUUCCCCUUUAAAAGUAUACAGCCCUAGCGGUGAUCAUUGGUCUGAAAACUCUGCGGAGGGGAUUAGAGCAUGAAAUAGCUUGAACAAGAAGCCGGGAUCAUGGCGGCACCGCUCGGGCGGGACACUCUACCUGACCACUGGUCCUAUGGAGUUUAUCGAGAUGGCAGGGUCUUCUUCAUCAGUGAUAAAACUCACAGCACUACUUGGCUCCAUCCUCGUACGGGUGAACCUGUCAACUCUGGACACAUGAUACGAUCAGAUUUACCACUGGGAUGGGAAGAAGGAUUCUCGGACGAGGGGGCCAGCUACUUCAUUAACCAUAACCAGAAGAGCACGUCGUUCCGACACCCUGUGACUGGACAGAUAUCUCCAGAAAACACUGAAUAUAUGCUCCACGACAAGACAGAGUCCCGGGGCAUGUCCAAGCCACGGCCACCGGUCAGUCAGAGGCCCCCCAGCAUGGUCAGCCAGACUUCCAAGGCAGUGACCUCAUCAACAGUGGACACCACCUCAGGGUCAAAGCCGCAGGGCUCUAGGAGUAGUGGCAAGGUACACAGCUUCGGCAAGAGGGACCAAGCCAUCAAGAGGAACCCCAAUAUCCCUGUGGUGGUCAGGGGAUGGCUCUACAAACAGGACAGCUCUGGAAUGAGACUGUGGAAGAGGAAGUGGUUUGUCUUGUCUGACUACUGCUUGUUUUAUUACAAAGACAGCAGAGAGGAGACGGUUUUGGGGAGCAUCCCCCUGCCCAGUUAUGUCAUCGCCCCUGUGGAGCCUGAUGACCACAUCAGCCGCAAGUAUGCCUUCAAGGCGAGCCACACAGGAAUGCGCUCCUACAUUUACAAUAAGACCUCUGUGAUUGGCUCGCAGGCAGAGCACGGUGGGAUGAGGACGUACUUCUUCAGUGCCGACACCCAGGAGGACAUGAAUGGUUGGAUCCGAGCCAUGAACCAGGCUGCUCUCAUGCAGAGUCAAGGCAUCAAGAGAGAGACAGUCACAGAGAGACAGUCACAGAGAGACAGUCACAGAGAGACAGUCACAGAGAGACCAGAGAUGUCAGUGCAGCAGGCAGUACCACAGACCAACCACGUUAACAACAACACCAGUAAGAGCCCCUCCCAGUCGCGUUCAGGGAGCCUCCAGCGGCCCGAGAGAGAGAGCCCGGAGGGGGAGAUCCGACUGAGCCAGGGGGACGAGGAGAGGUACGUGUUGGAGGCUCCUAGAAAGCUCAGCCAUCCAGCCACGGAGGUAGAGGUGGACAGGCUCUCCCCAGACACUCUCCCUGGCCCCUCACACCCCAGGAAUGGCCUGGCCCACAAAGUCCUCGCCACACUGCCCCCUGAGCAGAAUGGGAACGUUGUGUAUAAGAGGGGCCUUGUCCCACGGACAGCCACAGAGAAGCAGGUGCAGAGGAAGACUGCUCUGGCUCAGGUGGAGCACUGGGUCAAUGUACAGAAGGGAGAUCCCAAGAGCAACACACCUACUACUGAGUACGCCCUCCCCCUCCCUCGGCGGACGCCUCCCCUGCAGCCUAAGGCCAUGGUAGUAGAGGCCUGCCAGACAUUGCCAAAGACUCCCAGACUCCCGUCAGGCGGGAGCUCCCCUUCGGCGCCCCGCAACCUGCCCAGCGACUACAAAUACGCCCACGACCGGCUCAGCCACUUCCGCAUGUCCACCGAUGAGCGCAUGGCCACCAAGGAGGGCAUGGUGUGGCAGCUGUAUGAGUGGCAGCAGCGCCAGCAGUUCCGCCACGGCAGCCCCACGGCGCCCAUCUACACCGGGCCAGACUUUCUGGACACAGCCUCCUUCAGGGUCACUGUGGAGAUGCCUCGCUCCAUCUCUGUGCCCCCUUCCCCCUGUGAAGUCCCCCCAUCUGUCCCCACCUUCAAACCACUGUCCCCCCACAGGCCACACACCCCCUCAGACAGGGUGACAGUCAGGCCGCUGGAUGAGGUGCCACCUGGGGAGUCGCCCACCGGCUCCAGUUCUCCUAGACGGGUGUUUUCUCAGCUUUCUAAGACUAGUCAGCUGGAGAGACGGUCAAUGCCAGCCAUGGGCUACAUCACACACACAGUCAGCGCACCAAGCUUGCAUGGGAAAACGGCAGAUGAUACUUACAUGCAACUGAAGGAGGACCUGGAUUAUCUAGAUCUGAAGGUUACAGGCCGUGAAACUCUAAAAGGCAGACCAUCGAGACCUGUUCAGAUAGCAGAGAGCGAUGUUGAUGUGAAGUUAAGCCGACUGUGUGAACAAGACAAGAUCCUUCAGGAGCUGGAAACAACGAUAUGCACGCUCAAGGAAGACAAGGACAAGUUGGAGUCUGUGCUGGACGUGUCCCACCAGCAGAUGGAGCAGUACCGGGACCAGCCGGCCCACCAGGAGAAGAUAUCCUACCAGCAGAGACUACUGCAGGAGGACGUGGUGCACAUCAGAGCUGAGAUCUCUCAGGUGUUCACGGAGAUGGAGAAUGUGUGGAACGAGUACAGCAGCCUGGAGAGAGAUGUAGACUGGUUGAGGACAGCUCUGGAGGGCCAGAUGAACCGCAGUGGUCUCUCUCAGAAGGAGAAGUCCCAGUUCAAGAGGGAGUUGUGGAGGAUUGAAGACGUAAUAGCAGGCCUCAGCUCCAGCAAAGCCAACUACCAAGUCACCAUCUCCUCUGUGACCAACCCAGGUGAGAGGAGUGUUGUGGCUCUGCCUCCGCUUGCCUCUACUAACACACACUGGAGCUCAGGACGAGCUGGAGAGAGAAAUGGACGCUACUUGUCAUGUGCUUAUAUAGUUACAGGAGACAAAAUGGAUGAGUUGAUUGUGGUCUGUAUGUGUAUUUGGCUUUUGUGGUUGGAGUGUUGUUCUCUUGUGAAUUUGAAUGUGUAUGUUGUGUGUGUUGGGGGGGGGGUGUUUUACGUGUGUGUUUUUGUGCCUCCAGAGAGAAAACUUGUGCCUUCCGUGUCGCCGUCAUCAGUGCCUUCUCUGUCUGCCAGUUCCUCCCUCGGAGAGAUGAGACUGGCCCAGCAGCACAGCCCUCACCUCAGCCCCACAACCCCCACCUCCACCCAGCACACCACCACAGCCCUCGCCAUGUCUGUGCCAAAAUGGGCAGAUGAGGGCGCCCCUCCCCGACCACCACUACCUCAGCUAUACAGUCCUGAGGACCACGCCCCCGCCGUGCCUCCGCUGCCCAGGGAAAGCAGCGUCAUCAGACACACAUCUGUACGAGGCCUCAAACGGCAGUCUGACGAACGCAAGCGGGACAGGGAGAUCAGCCAAUACACCAACGAAGACAACAAGGUGGAGCUGCGCACCUUCCUGAGUGAACCUGAGCUUCUGGGAGUGGGAGGGUCUGGUCACAUGAGGAUAGGGGCCUUGGGGUAUGAUGGUGGCUACCAGACCCUGCCAAGCAGAGGGCCGGCUGGCUCCUCAUCCAGGCUAAAUCAGUCCACAAACAUCUCCUCAUAUGUUACCCUCAGAAGAGGAGCCUCAGCUGCCUCAGGCCUGAAGGAGAGACCAAAGAGUGCCUUGGAGCGUCUGUACUCUGGGGAUGUGCUGCAGCAGCAGAGCAGGGGGAGGAUGAGUGCUGAGGAGCAGCUGCAGAGGAUGAAGAGGCACCAGAAAGCUCUGGUCCGCCAGCGCAAGAGGACCCUGAGUCAAGGAGAAUGCCAUGCCUCUUCAUCACGAGCCUCCUCCUCCUCAUCAUCACAGCAACGCCCCCUUUCCGCAGACCUGGGCUCAUGGAGGCGAGAGCAGGAGUUUGACCUGCAGUUGCUGGAACGGGCUGUGCAGGGGGAGGAGGCGCGGGGCGUAGUCCAGGGUGAGGAGUGUCCAGCAGAGCACAGUGAUAGACCUCGGUGCCAGUCAGAUGAGUGGCUGACCCUCCGCUCUACAGCCACGUCCACACUUACCCAGGAGGUGGAUCUGGAGACGCUGGACUAUGACCUGGACCUCAGCCGAGAGCUGGCCAAACCUCAGAAGGUGUUAAUCCCUGAGCGCUACAUAGACCCAGAGCCUGAGGAACCUCUCAGCCCUCAGGAGGUGGAGGCUCGCCAUCGCAACAUGGAGCGCAUCAAGAACAUUCUGGCCAAGUCCAGUGUUCAGAUCCUGGCGGGGCCCUCUGUGGCGGUGGACCAGCCAGAAGUGGUGGGUCUGGACUCAGCCCUACUGAAUCAGGAGAGGAUCAUCACCAUGUCUUACGCCCUGGCCUCAGAGGCCUCCCUCAAGAGCAAGCAGGUCGCAGCCAAUGCGCUUUCUGGACACUGAGGUCCUGUUUCCUUGAUGACAAUACAACCUGGAUUCUUGAAGAAAGAAAGAAAGAAAGAAAGACUUUGUUUGGUGCUGACAGUUACACUGUUAUACAGUAGAUGGGUGUUAGUGAACAUUUAACCUGCCCUCAGUAGCACGCAGCAGGACUUACUCGCUGAUGCAUUUUUAGGAGCUAAAAUGAAGUAAACUAUUUUCUUAAGAAAAUGUAUGUCUGCCGUGAAAGCUGCUGUGCAUAUUAACUUUGGAAGUGUGUAACAGAUGUUAAUCCCAUAAUAGAAAAGGUUUUAUACAUGUUAUUGCACUUUUAGCAUUAUACUGUAUCAUAGUGAAGAACUGAAAGAGAUAUUUUCAAGGUGAGAAUGUUUUGUCUUGCAGUGUGAUCUGAGUUUGGAGGGAACUUGUAUUUAGUUUUUUGAAGUUAAUGAGAGUAUUCACCAACUAGAAGGUCGAUAUGAACAUAAGGUACUGAACAUGUGUCAUGUUGAUUGUAUUUUUGUCAAAACUCAGAUGAUAUUCUUACACCAAAUCGCUUGAAAUGUCAUUUGUGUUUGUAUCUAGCACUGCCAGUCUCUUAAUGGCUUGCCAAAUGGAUUUUAUUUUUGCUUACAACAUUGGGAGGAGAAUAACAUUGAACAUAAUAUUUUCUGGAUGGCUUAGGCAGGUUGCACAAUGAUAAUUAUAAACAUUUUAAAUAUUAAAGAUAUUAACAUGACGUUUGCCUCA